AUGGAGGGAGAGUACCGACUAACGCGCAGCUAUGCAGUCGUUGACAUAACAGCGCAAGUGGAUGACUCCGCUAUUUUAGAACCUUUCGCGUGCGUGAUGGCGCGUGCACGGAUCGGGCCUCGGACCCGCGUCGGUGCUCACUCCGUUGUUGGCGUUGGCGUUUCCGUCGGCGCUGACUGCUGCAUCUACCACCACGUAACGUUGCUGAACUGCGAUAUCGGUGACCGGUGUGUGAUUCAUAGCGGGGUAGCUAUCGGUCAGGACGGAUUUGGUUUCGAAGUUGACCAACAGACCGGCAAAGUCCGGAAAAAGCCCCAAGAACUCAGUGUGCGCAUCGGUAACGAAGUUGAGAUCGGGGCCAAUACGUGCAUUGAUCGGGGCAGCUGGCGUGACACGUUGAUUGAGGAUGCCGUUAAAAUCGAUAACCUUGUUCAGAUUGGUCACAACGUUCAAGUUGGCGCAAAUACAUUUAUUUGCGGGCAAGCCGGUGUUGCGGGGAGCACCAAAAUCGGUCGGUACUGCCGCUUCGGAGGACGCAGCGGAGCCGUUGAUCACCUCGAAAUCGGUGACCAUGUCGAUGUGGCCGCGAAUAGCGUGCUCACGCGCAAUGCACCGGGUCAUGCUGUGUACGCUGGCUUCCCGGCAAUGCCAAUGCGAGAGUGGCGUCAUCAACAGGUGACCCUGCGGAGACUGAGUCGUGCGGGCAAACGACAAGUCGAUGUCUCUGCCGAUGAUCCAGAGUUCCCUAAAUAG